AUGCCGCCCCCCCCCCCUUUGUGUGCGGCCGCUUGCUGCAGUGUGAUCGGGGAGAAGCUUCAGUUCUCUGUCAGUGCAGCCUCCACAGCCAUGCCUUCAGCAGAGCCCUGUAAAUACACAGUGUGUAUCGCUCCACUGGAGCUGCAGCUGGACCUUCAGAUGCAGGAGGCUAAAGACGAGGUGAAGGUGAUCUGGGGGGUGACGCACCUGGAUACGGGGGUGCUACAGGUCACCCCCACCCUCACCCAGGACCAUGCCUCCUCCUGCCGUGCAGUGGCCCUGCAGCAGCAGCUGAGGGGGCUGCUGUGUGCGGCGCGCCCCUCUGUGCUGCUCAGCUGUAGGCCUGCUCAGGCCUCACAGCUCACGGGUGCACGCAACAAUGUGGUUUCUCCCCCAAAACCCCCCCGUGCCCACGACUGGAAGCUGCUGGUGAAGAACAUCCGGGUGACCCUGAAUCAGGAGGAGAAUGCUGCAGGCAACAUGAAUCCCCUGUGUGUGAUGCAGUUAGACGAUCCUCCACAGAGGUUUAACACCUCCGUGCUGAAGAACACAGCCAGUCCAUCCUGGGACCAGCCCUUUAUCUUUGAAUUGAAUGGACGAUCAAAAGAGCUCAUCAUUCAGUUAAGGAAUGAUGGACAACCUCAAGAGAAUUCAUUACUUGGUCAGGUGUCGGUGCCGUUUGAUCUCGUAAGGAAGCAGCCCAAAGGACAGCAAACAUUUGCACUCAUGACCAAAGACGUAGUGACUGGAUCACUUACUACUGAUUUUACCUACCUGGAGCCCAGUGAGGUGAGGUCCUGGCUGCCUCCCACCCCCGCCUCCAAUAAGAGGGUGGAGAUGGACCGUACUGUAAUGCCCUGUGGCACGGUGGUCACCACCAUCACUGCAGUGAAGAGCAAGCCAGGGCGACCCCUCCCACUUGGACUCAACACAGAUGCUGCUCAGAGGCCAGCGACCAUCAGGCCCAAGCUGUCGGAGCGGUGUGUGUCCGAGCACGCCACCAUGCUGGGGGGCCCCGUCAGCAAGGCCCUGUCCUCCUCUGACACGGAGCUGCUCAUGCUGAACGGCACGGACCCCGUGGCCGAGGCCGCCAUCAGACAGCUGCACCAGUCCGCCAAGCAGAAGCUCAAGUCCCCGGUGAAGAAGAGCACCAUCAUCAUCUCUGGCAUCGCCAAAGUAAGGAACAGUUCCAGCAGAGGACCUCACUGGUUAUUUUUACACUUCACAUCAGUAGAACAGUUCCACCAACUAAACAUAUAUCAUAAUCAGAAUACUUUAUUUAUAUAUGGGAAAAUUGGAUUUGAGUUUUGGGUGAUAUUGGGAAAAUCGGGUGACAGUCAUUUGUGA